UCCAUCAAGAUAGUUAAAAGGAUAGAAAGAAAGAUAUAGCAGGAUCCAACAAUGAGGAAGCCAAGUGAGACCAUGGGAAUGGCAAUGGGGAUUAAAGAGAAAGUAACCAGCAACCCUCAUAAUAAUAAGCUGAGGAAAGGGUUGUGGUCGCCAGAAGAAGAUGAGAAGCUGAUGAGGUACAUGCUGACCAAUGGGCAAGGGUGUUGGAGCGACAUUGCUCGGAAUGCCGGCUUACUGAGAUGCGGCAAGAGUUGUCGUCUCCGUUGGAUUAAUUACUUGAGGCCCGACCUCAAGCGAGGUGCCUUCUCUCCCCAAGAGGAAGAGCUCAUUGUCCAUUUGCACAACAUUCUCGGCAACAGAUGGUCUCAGAUCGCAGCACGUCUUCCUGGAAGAACCGAUAACGAAAUAAAGAAUUUUUGGAACUCUACUCUAAAGAAGAGAUUAAGGAUGAACUCUGCUACAUCCUCGCCAAAUGACAGCGAUCUAUCCAAUCCACGAGACAUAGCUGCGGGGAUAAUGCCUAGUUUUCAAGCACAAUAUGACGUCUUAGCUACAUGCGUGGACUCAUCUCCCCCACCAUUCCCCUCGAUGGAUAAUAUAUCCGUGCCAAACCAUUUUGAUACAUUCCCUAUACUCAACAACCGCUGUGACACAUGGGAAGGAGUCGGGUUUUUCACCUUCCCCUCAAGCAUUGCACCAGCCAGUAUGGGAGAUGAUUCAGCUUAUUUGAAUUUGGAGCAUGCAAAAGUGGGGCUUUUAGGAAGUGAGUUUUCUGUUCCCCCACUAGCUAGUAGCACAACAACCACCGAGGAGAAUAAUUACAGAUCCAUGGGUUGGGGCAUGGAUGGAAAGGGAGAGAACAGCUUCUCCAAUAACAAUGAUAGUUGCUUCAGCAAUACUACUGUUGCUAGCUUUAAAGUGGAGGACGAAAUGUCUGGGUUUGGGAAUAAUUUGCAAGGAGCUAACUUGAGAAUCGGGGAAUGGGACCUGGAGGGUCUGAUGGAUGAUUUGCCCUCCUUCCCUUUUCUUGAUUUCUAACUUCCAUUUUCCAUUUUUUUUCCCACCCCAGAAGAUAAAACCCUCCUCCUCCUCUCUCUCUCUCUCUCUCUCUCUCUCUCGACCUACCCAUCAAUUUUCCCUUUUACAGAAUAAUGAAAGAACUACACACACAUACAACAGAAGUUUGUUUAUACUGCAUGUUUCAUACAAUAAGUCUCUUCCUCUCUCCCAUAUGAUUCCCUCAGCGGAUCGAGAUUCUGUACAAUGAGGUCUUGGAUAUCGGAGAUAUCAGCAACGGAAGCUUGAAUUGCAACUGUGAGAUAAAGCAAGUUUACGUAUCAUUCGUUUCAUGUACAUCAGUUUCAUAUGAAGGUUUCUUGGUAGGGAAGGGUGUUGUCAAGAAAUGUGAAUAUUACUCCAGAUGUGUAGGAAGGCAGAAUAAAAGACUAGUUUGGUGAGAUAUUGUAGCAAGAUUCAUGUAAAACAGCAAAUAAUGCCUACGUGGAUUCGUGGAGAUUGAGAUUCAUGUAAGCAUCAUCAUGGAAACAAAGCUUUCAAAUGAA